AUGGAUGCUCAAGUAGACCUGACGCUUAUGGUCUCAGAUCUAAUGAUCCCAAACUCCAACCUAUGGGACGCGCCAAGGAUUAGAAGUUUGUUUGUGAAAGAAGAUGCCACCACCAUUUUGAAUAUGAUAGUGGAAAGGCAUAAGCCUGCUGCGCUCAUAUGGGGUUUCACGGUUCAUGGAACCUACUCAUCUCAAUCUGGCUACAAACUUACAGAGACCCUUACCAGAUUAAAUUCCUCGCAUCAUAACGUUCUUCCGCCUGUGGAGAAAAUGCUGUGGAAAAACAUAUGGAAACUGCAAACGUCUCCAAAGAUUCGACACUUUGUGCGGAGAGCUUUAGCUGGAGCAUUAGCAGUCUCAGAUCAAUUGAGAUCACGGGGUAUACAGGUUGACACUACAUGUAAGUUAUGUGGGAUGGGCCGGGAAACGAUAUGUCACACUUUGUUCUCUUGCUCAUCAGCUCGAGAAGUCUGGAGUGCUGUGAACCUCCCAUUACCUCCGCGUGGUUUGUCUACAAACUCUGUGUUUCUGAACCUUCACCACUUGGUUGCUUGCACAAGAAGUAAAGACAUCAAUGCUAAGCUUAAAAGGAGCAUUCCAUGGUUGUUAUGGCAUAUAUGGAAAGCGAGGAAUGGCUUGGUGUUUGAAAAAAUCCGUCUAUCUCCAUCCUCCAUUGUUAACAAGGCCGAGGAAGAGGCUGACUCCUGGUUUAGUGCUAACUUCCCAGAAGAGAACUUGACCCAGAACCAGGCCCUGGAUAACCAUCAACGCGAUGUCUGGCAAGCUCCUCCGCCAGGAAGACUUAAAUGUAAUAUUGGUGUCUCAUGGGUGAAUGGGUCAGUUAACUGUGGAGUUUCUUGGAUCACUCGCGACACUAAAGGGAAAGUCUUAAUGCAUAGCCGUCGAUCUUAUUCUAUGGUGCAAUCUCGUGAUGAGGGUGAACUCUAUGCUCUCUUAUGGGCAGUAGAUUGUAUGCAGACCUUAAGACUUGAUAACAUCAUUUUCGAGACUUCCUUUACUCAUGCGAGACGCUGUUUAUAUCAUUGGGAUGAUCAGGUAUGUGCUCCUGAAUCCUACCGAAUCUCAAACGUUAUCAACUCAAAGUUACAGCUAAUGUCGGCAUGGAGCCUAGACUAUGCUCUUCCAGCAAGCAACUCCAUUGCAUCGAGAAUCGCUGUAAGUGUGACCUCGCAUCAGCUAUACCAAUCUUAUAUCGCAAGGAAUGGACUUUCUUGGCUUCAUCAGGCGAUAGCAGAUGAAACUUAA